CAUGAGCCACAAACCACAUCCACCACUUUGGCUCAGCUUGCAGUGGUGAAAUUGAAGGUCCACCCUACAAACAUCCAAGUCUUCUUUUGUGAAGCACAGCACUUUUGCCUUAGCAGAGUUAGUGACCCAUUUUGGAGGGACAUUCUGCUUUCUUGUCCAAGCACUUUUAUAACUCCAGAGCUCCUUCACCACCUGCACAAGGAAUUUUGGGACCAUGACAUGAAGUGGUGCAUAAAUGCAGUUGGUGAAGCUGAAAUUGACUUUCACUUC